AUGGGGAUUCGGAGGGUUGCCCAUGACCAGUCCACAGGGAGUGGGCACACCUUUGGCACUCCACGCCACCCAAGUAUCAUUGACCCUAUCCUGUCAAAGAGGGUCUGCUUCUACAAAAGUGGAGAUCCUCAGUUCAACGGUCUGCGCAUGGUCAUCAACAACCGCACCUUCAAAACAUUUGAUGCACUCCUGGACAGUCUCUCUAAAAAGGUUCCCUUGCCGUUUGGGGUGAGGAACAUCACCACUCCUCGGGGGGUUCAUGCAAUCUAUACUUUGGAUGAACUGGAGGAUGGGAAAUCUUACAUCUGCUCUGACAGCCGUAAGGUAAAACCUAUCAACCUGAUGCUGGCCAGGAAGAAGCUGCCCCCCUGGUACCACACCAGGCCUGCUAGUUCCCGUCGUCAGACAGUGCAGCAGGCCAGGUUUUUCCCUGGCCGGAACAUCCACAAGAAGGAGGCGGUGUUUGUACGCACACCAAGGAGGCUACUGGUUUUUCGCAAUGGUGACCCCACUGUAAAACACAGUGUGGCGCUUCACAAGAGGACUACACCCACUUUUGCGUCCAUCCUGGAAUAUAUUUCAGAGCUCAUCCAGUUUCAUGUGGUGAAAUUACACACUUCUGAUGGCAGACGUGUGGAUGGUUUUCCAGGCUUGAUAUUGUGCUCUGGGAUUGUAGUGGCCGCAGGCAAGGAGCCAUUCAAGCCUGCAAACUACCAUGCACAGAUAUCACCAGCUCCAACAAAGCUGCCGACCAACCGAAUGGGCCUCAGAAGACUAAAGGCUUUAAACCGUAAGUUUACAUAUCUGUUUUUUAAUGGCUCGCUAUGUAAAAAGAAGUCCCGAUCAUAUACUUCAAAGACAAGAAAUUUCUCCCCCUCAUCCGAGAGGUACAUUGUGAAUCGGAUCCAUAACUCCAUCGCAGAAGGUUCGUGUGACCUACCCAGUGACCACACAAACUCUGCUGAGUUGGAAUCAGGCCGUGUACUGGAGUCAGUAGCAGAAACAGAGGGCGACAUCUGCCUUGGUGAUGGAGCAGGAGGGCAGGACUGCACGCUGCCCACAGAGGACGACAUUGAGAAGUCCUUUCGCGUGAACCAAGAUGGUAGCAUGACAGUGGAGAUGAGGGUGCGGCUGACAGUUAAGGAGGAGGAAACCAUCCAUUGGACAACCACUCUGACACGCUCAAGUUUGGCCAAUCAGUGCAAUGCAAGCCAAUUAUCGGAGUCAGUGGCAGAGCAGGAGAUCGUCUCACUAAAGUCAAACUCUCUGGAUUUACAAAGUCCUGCUAUCUCCAUUGACACCAUCAACAAGGACAAAACUAAGGAUAACAACGACGAGGAUCCACCAUCGCUUGGCAAUGGAGUGUUCAGCGAAAGUAGUAAUGAAGAGGAUAAUAUCAAAGCACAGAUGGAUGUGGUGUCCCCCAGGAGAGCUCCUACACCGGGGCACAAGCAAAUUAGAAAAAAGCAAGCCUCUAUGGAGAGCAUAAAUUCAGUGACGGCAGAUGGGAUUCAGGAAGGGAUGGUUGGUUCUUACUCGUACAGAGAGCAGACAGAAGAUGGAGCCAUGACAGAGCAGUACUGCAUGGUCAAACAGAGUAGCGCUAGACCAGUGCCCAAACCUAGAAGACUUUGUUCUGUGGAUGCCAACAAUAUAAACGGCAGAAAUGUAUCCACUUUCAAAUCAGCAGGUAUGACUGAAAUUCUACAGAUUGAAUCUGGAGAGGAGGUCACUGAAACUGUCUUACAUAUAUAUGAACAGCAGACCUGCCAUGAUAACUUCCUUGCAAACCUUUGUGCACAGGAUAUGUCUGCUUCUGGGGUUCCCUUUUGCAGGCCAGCUACCUCAGACACUGGACACCUCUCCUCCAAUAAUGACUUUGAACCCGAGCUCUGGAGACCAUCAACAGCUUCUGAGUCAAUUAGCAUCUGGAGAGCUGAGAGCAUGUCAGUAACAUCUGAUUUAACUUUGCCCUCAUUGAAGACUGGUGCAAUUCAAACAACAAAUGCCCAGCAAAAAUUCUUAAAGCCCACUCAAGGCAAAGAUAAGCCCAAACAAAGAGAGGUCAAUAAAGAUAAGAGGGUGUCCUCGAGACCCAAAGUGAUCAACAAACGUGUCCGUCGGUUAAUGUCACCGGGAAGAAGACAAAAUGAAAAUUCAACAGGAGCAACACAGAAACGUAAGAAAGUGAAAACUUUCUCCAGCGCUGGCUCUGUUACUUAUGAAUAUGUGGAAAAAUGGCUGGAGAAAGCCAAUCUUAACCCCACAACUUACCCAGAUGAGGAAAGCAAAACUUUAGAAACAGAGGCAGUUACUCUUGUACAAACAGAAAAUGGCAGGUGUGGGGAGUCUGAAAACAAGAACGGCUUGAUGAUUGUGGCAAAGGAGUCUUUGGACAUGGUGUCACCACCUGUCAGACACAAGUCAAGUAGGAAGUUGCUCUCCAGAAAUCUCUCCUCAGACAGUGCGUCAGAGUCAACAGAUGAGACGGAAAGGAAAACAUCAGCUGAAAGAAAAGGUCACCAAACACCACAGUCAAUAAAAUCAGCAGCUGAACUGGACAAAAAUCAGAGUGAUGACAGUAAGGCGAACAAGACAGAUGAACUUAUGACAGCAGAUCAAGAGAAAUCCAUUAAAGAAGCACAAACAAUGCCACAGCCAUUAAACAUCGCAAAUCAGCCAAACAUGACACCGGUGCUUGAGGAGAUCUGCUACUCAAUAAAGUCAAUUAGACAAAUUACACAGAAGAAACGUCCCUCGUGUCUGGAAAAGUCCAACAGCCUGCCUGACUUCUCCUCUCAUGUGGUUUCUACGUUUGGCUCAUCAUCUAAAGCUCUCCUCACUUUCCUGUCCGUCAUGACCCUAAAGGAAGGCAUAACUAACAUAAACAUGGAAGAGCUGAAUGCAAACAAUGUCAGCUGUGCCGAGGCUUUAAAAAUGAUUGAUUCUCUCAGACAAAUUGCCAGCAUUGAGGAUUCCCACGAGCUAAAAGUUAGUUUGUCAGAUUUACAGCGGUCAGCUUCGAAGCAGCUCCUGCAAAGCUGGAAGGGCUUUCAGGAACUCAGCGACAAAUGCAAGAGUCGCAGCUCAACACCAAAUGAUUCACAGCAAGAACUCGUAACCGAAGUGAGUCCUGAAAAAGACUGUGGCAUUGAUGAAAAUGUUAUUGAUGAGAUCAUGGAUAAUCUUGACAUACCUGAGAAGCUCAAGGACGAAUUGGCCUCUCUUUCAAUGGGUGUCAAAAGUGACAGUGACGAUAAAGAAAAGAUGUCUGCCAGGAUCAGUGAAGAUGCCAAGAUAUCCCAUUUCUCCAUAGAGGAUGCUGCUAAUGUCAAGGAUGUUACUCAAGAUGAGAAAGCUAAUGCUGAUCUGAGUUCCAUCAUUAAAAAAUUCACAGAAAUUAACCAGCCAGAACAACCCAGCAUGGGUAGUAUAACAGAGACAGCGAAGGACAAAACAACUGAACAGGCAACUAAAGAAGAGGAUAGCCAAUAUGGGCAGAACAGUGCGGCCAAAUUUCGACCACCUAAUGAUGAGCAGAUACCAGAAGAAAGACAGCUUUACAGUACAGUACUGUCUGUAAAUGAGAACGCGGAGGUUAUGAAGGCGUGUAUGGAGGUAGAAAAUCAAGAAAAUCAGGGCGAGAAAAAACAGCAGCACGGCCACAAUGAAGACGAAUCCAACCAAGAAAAGGCAAACAUGAAUGGCGUAAUCAGCAGCACGACAAAUCUUGAACAAGACAGUUGUACUUCUGAGGUAGAGAAGCAAGACAUGAAAGGCAAUAAGCUGCAGAUGCACAGUCAGGGGAACAUGAGUAUCCUUGACAAGGAGCUCCCCCAUGAUGCUGAGUCAGGUUCAGAACAGGAAGAGCAGGACACGUCAUGUGCCAAGAAAGAUUUAGAGCAGAAAGUGAGCAUUGAGCAAAGUGUGUCUAGCUCGGAAGCAGAUGAGCAACUUAGAUCAGAAGAGGAAUCAGAAGUUGAAUGUGAGGAGAUACAACAUGGGAGCAGGGAGAGUGAUGAUUUGUCCAACCCUGAAAGUCACUCUGAGGAGGAAGAAGACAAGCAACCAAGCUCCAAUAAUGACAUAGAACUCAAUGUAAGAGAGACAGAAAGAAUAUCCAGCCCAUACAGUCAAAACAAGUCUUUGUCAGAGGAAGAGCAACCAGAGGCUGGAUGUAAGGAGCUGAGCAACAAAGAUGCUUUGUCUAACCCUGCAAGCCCAUCUAACUCAGAGGAGGAACUGCAGAGUCAAGGAAGCUGUAUGAGACUGAAUGCCAGUGUUGAUGAAAGCACAUAUAUCUCAGAUGUUGAUGAGCCAUUUUCAGAGGAAGAGCAACCUGAGGCUGAAUGUAACAGACUAAAGGUCAUCAUUGGGGAAAGUUUGUCUGGCAGUGAGGAAGAGCAGGGGACCAUGGAGGAUGAAGAACACCUUGAUAAUCUUCCAGAUCACAGGGAACAAACAUGUAAAGCGUUGAUAGAAGAGACAGAGGAGGACAAGUCGGCUCUCAGCGCCCAGUCAGCUCCUCAGUCAUCAUUAUCUUUCAGCUACGAUUCCAGUGGCGUUAUAACCUCAGAGCCUGAAGGCAACAGGGUCAGAUACAUCAGGGAAAUGUUCCUGGCAAAGAGUGGCACAGAUAUAAAGCCUGGACAGAGAUGUUUCCCAAGCCCGAACACAUCAGAGCUGUCCAAGUUAAGAGCAGAGACCUCAGCUAGUGGCGGGUAUCAGUCUCAGACUUCAAGUGAGCUGUCUAGCGGCGAAGAUGAUUCAGCACGUAAGUCCAUCACCAAAGGUUUUGUGAGAAGAACAAUUGAAAGGCUUUAUGGCAAGAAGGAUGCUAAUCCUGAUGAGGAAGCAAAUGAAAGGCCCCCAUCUGCGCCAAAACAGAAAAAGAAAGAACACUCAAGCAUUUUCUCUCCCUUCCACAUAGCUGGGUCCAAAGCCAUGUCUGAGUUGUCUUACUUCAGUUCCACUAAUGCACUGGACACCUUAAGUGAAGCAACACGAUGCGUUGCUUUUAACGCACAAGUCGGGCCUGAAGAGAGUGUCCGAUGGCUCCUCAGAGAGAACACACUGAUCAGAAAGUCUGUUUCAGACCCAGUUGGAAUAAACAAAACCUUCACAAGCUCUCUCCAAGGCGGAGCAAAAUGCGAGGAUGCAGAAGAGAACGCCUCAAGUCCCCCUUUUAGCACAAAGUCUGACCUGGAAGACAAUAAGUCACUUUCAAGGAAGUGCACCUACUUUUCUUUGCCCCAUGCUAGUGACUCAGAUGCAUGUCAGGAUGACCUGAGCAUAGUUAGCAAGAGCGGUGAGAUUAUCACAGAUCCAAAGGACAAUUCAGGGGACACCAAAAUGGGGGCAGAUAGGAAUGGCUCGCUGCCUGUUGUUGGUAUUACUGACUUUAAGAUGAAGGAUAACAAAGUGCACCCGUUGACAGAGCCUCCACCUGAUGGUGAGGCUGUAGUUGUGCAGCCUGGGAAAGGUCAGGGUGUUAUGAACAGAAGGAUUCAGGAGCCUGACAUGCUGGACUUACUGUACAAUUUUUGUGGUCAGAAUUGUCCCAUCCUGUGA